AUGUCUGAACGCUCUAAUUGUCUGAAUUGCCCCAAUGAUCGUGACCUGGCAUAUCACCUUGGUCUCCUGAAAUUUGGAAGCGAAGAAGAAAAGUUUGAGGAAAUAUCACUUGCGCCAGUUUUUACCCAGCGCAUGUGCAGCUGCCACGAAUCAUCUCCGUCGAGGCCCACCGGAGAGGUUUCACAGUAUGGACUACUGGCAGGAAUAACAAAAGCCAAUGGGUCGUAUUUUUCUGCUUCGAACGAGACGAGUACUUGGGGAGAAGACCCUAGGCUUUUUUUCAACGUUUCAUCGCCAUCCAGUACAUUUAUCUGUGGGUCUCAAGGCUCUGGGAAAAGCCAUACCUUGUCAUGCAUUCUGGAAAACUGUUUGAUCCCUUCCCGGGCUGCGAAGCUGCCAAACCCGCUCACAGCUGUUGUGUUUCACUAUGACACUUUUAUCUGUGAUAAUGGAGGAUCACCAUGCGAGGCGGCAUUUCUUGCUUCCCACCCCGAUAUCAAAGUGAGGGUUUUAUGUGCCCCGACCAAUAUUCGAACGAUUCAGGGGACGUACUCGAGAUUUAAUAUCACUGUCGAAGCACUGCAGAUUGAUCAGAAAGAUCUCAAUACCAAGCGUAUGUUAGACCUGAUGGCAGUGGGGCAAACCAAUGGCCCACUCCCACUAUACAUGCACACUGUUCAGCGGAUUCUUCGAGAAAUGCGAAUCGUACAGCAAAACAUGGGAACCAGAUUUGAUUAUGCAGAGUUCAAGAUGAGGGUUCUUGACUCUGAGCUCACAUCAGGCCAGCUCGAGCCAUUGAAGCAACGCCUUGAUGCUUUAGAGAGCUUCAUGCCUGCGCAGCAGGCUUACAAAACCGGUCAAAAGAAGGGGUCUCAAGGAUGGGGCUCUGAUUGGACUCCACGGUCUGGCCAACUGACAAUUGUUGACCUUUCCUGCCCGUGCAUCUCUUCUGAUACGGCCUGCUCCCUUUUCAACAUCUGUUUUGGGAUAUUUCUUGAGCAAAGCACAGAAAUCGGUCGGAUAGUGGCACUUGACGAGGCCCAUAAAUAUAUGGACAGUUCUGUUGAAGCUAAGUCUUUUACCGAAACUCUUCUCUCUACCGUACGCCUCCAGCGACAUCUCGGAAUCCGCAUUGUGAUCUCAACACAAGAGCCCACGAUAUCAACCGCGCUGCUAAGUCUCUGUUCGUUGACCAUUGUUCAUCGGUUCUCAUCACCAGAGUGGCUUCGGGCUCUGAAAAGCAAUAUAGCUGCUGUUGCUCUAGGUGAAGAUCCCCUUCGAGGGAAUCAUGAGAACAGAGAGAAUAAUGAUGUGGACAAGUCAUCUUUGUUUGACAGAAUAGUUCGUCUUCGCGUGGGUGAAGCUUUGCUCUUUUGUCCAAGCGCGGCAAUCAAACCGCCUUCUGGAAGUGAUGAAAUUGAAGAAAUCAAAAAGCUAGGAUCUGGAUACCUGCAAGUCAAGGUUAGAAGCAGACUUACUGAAGAUGGCGGAAGGAGCGUUUUGUCUUGA